AUGGCUUCCUCCGCCUCCGCUCGCAGUCCCAACGCCAACGAGGCAGAGACCGCCGUCAAGAGGACCGCCUUCGGCCCCAACAACGCCAUCGCCGUCGUCGCCGACCCCGCGCCGUCGCCCGUCUCUGCUAGCUUCAAGAAACAAGCCAACAAGCGUAACAACAGCCUGUCGCGUAGCAAACUGCCAGUGGGAGUGUCUGAUCUCCGCAAGCUUGUGUCGGCAGCAGGUCUGGGCUGCCGCUCUCCGGCCUCCAUUGGCGUGGUGACAGAUGUUGCUGAAUGA